UAUGACACCAGAAUAAGUCUUGUUUAAACUAAUAAUGUACCUUAAUCCAUUAUUUUGGUAUAAAUUCUAUUUCUAUGAAACCAUCUUUAUUGUCACUAUAACUAUAUUUGCUUUCUAAUAUAUAAGAGGAUCAAAGUUUAACAAAAGAUUAGCAAAAAUUCAUAUGAAUCAAAUUAGCCUUGAGCUAUAGAAAUAUUUUAAAAAUGUUGGAGAUAAAGAAUAAGAUAUACUCUAUGAAUAAGAUAAUCCUCAUACUUACAAAUUAUAUGCUUCCAAUCAUCCAUCAAUGAAAUUUUGUUUAGUUGGAUUAUAUGUAUAAUUAUAAUUAACAAAUAGCUUCAUAGAAGAGAAAAUUUGUUCAAUUAUUAUGGUUAUUAAUUUGUAUUUCCAUCAAAAGAAAGAUUAGUUAUUGAAAUAGGUGUGCAACCAUAAUUUAGAUAAUAUAUAUGUUUUGGAAUUGUUAAACAAAAUUAAAUUAAGAGAAUCAAAUAAGAAGGAUAUGAAGAUCUCAAGAAUAUUUGUCAUGUAUAUUCAUUAAAUAUAUCUAGAGACUCUUACAAUACCAGAAUUAGAUAAUUCUCUUUAAAUACUCACAGAAUAUGAUGAAAUUGCCCAAUAAAUUUGCACUCCUGAAAUUAUACAAUUACUUAAUGCUAAUCAAAAAUCUAUUCAUAUUAUUUAUAUAUCUGAUGUUGACAGAGAUCCAGCAUGGUAUACUUAAUUAAUAUAUUUAAGUAAAAUUUGUGUUAAAGUUAUGACAAAUCUAUCCACAAAUCCUGAAUAUCUAAAUCUAGUCUAAUUGGUUGUUCAAUUGUCAUUAUAAAUUGCUUAAAUUAAAAUGGAUUUGAAAGUAAACUAUAUUUAUUAUUCAAUUUAGAAAAUAACUAAAGCUGGAUAAACACGUAGAAAAUUCAAUUCUAAAUUUAAAGAUUGA